AUGACCUCGAGAAGCAAGAAUGCCGUGCGGAGUUACGAGGCAGAGAUCGAAAAGAAUCGUGAGGAGUCCAACUGGAAGAAAGUUGUGGACCUGGCUCAGCAGUUGAAGGCCAGGUCACCUCAACAUGAGAGUCUCGCACAUUUCCUUAUCGGUGAAGGCAAAUUGGAAUCCUUUCUGGAUGAAUGUCCUCCAACUAAGGAGAAUAUUGAACGAGCUCAACGGGAAUUAUCAGAUGCGAGAGGCUACUUGACCUUAGCCACUGAUGAGGCCGGCAAGAAAGCCGGUGUGGCGUUAGAUGCACAUUUACUACUCGGAAAGUUGAAUUACGCAUGUGGUGCCUACGAUGAUGCUUUAAAACAUUACACGCUCGCAGAGUUGAAUACAUUGACGGAGAAAGAAUUACCUGUUCGCAGUCUACGGAUCGUCGCGGAAUCGUACGCUAUUAAAGGACUAUGUUUGGAACAAACCUCUCUGCCUGGCUCCACGAGCCGAUACAAACAGGCGGAAAGGGAAACGGAAAUGAUCCGCAGUUUCGAGAUAUCGUCGGAGCUGACUUUGCUGUACCUACAACGCUGCGGCAGUGCUAGAGGCGCGGGCGUCGCGCUAGAGACAGCUUUACAACGAGCACCACUCUUACACAUACGAGCUGGGAGAUUACACGCGGCUAUUGAUAGGUACCGUGAGAUGUUGACAGCCGUAGAAUCUUCAUCCACUCAGACCUUACGACUGACGCUGGCGAGGCAGCUCGCUGAAGUACUUAUGAGAGGAGUCACGGGACAGGUAUACAAAGCGCCGGUACGUCCAUUGGAUGGAGCGAAUGAGGGACCUUGGAAACCGAAGAAAUACACCGCUAUCAACCAGUUCGUUCCUCGCACGGAGCACGAAGAGGCAGUGUUACUACUGCUAGUCGGCGAGGCGAUGGCUGUGAGGGACGCUGUGUUGUCUCAGAGUACGGAGUUCGAAUCCCUGAGGGCGCAUUCACUGAGGACGGCCGCCGCGCUAGUCGACUUACUGGCGCUCGCUACGAUCAGAUGGGGACAGUUGGCUGUCGUUAUAGAGUCUCUGGAGCGCGCUAUGAAGUUUUCAUUCGGCUGCGCUCACAUCUGGAGACAACGCGCCCUCGCAACGGCAGCCGCCGCGCACCUCGAGACACACAAACAGGCAAACGGGUCAUCUGUGUGGGGCUCCACUGUUCGCGCCCUAGGAGUAUCCCGGCGCUCCGCCCCCCUCGUGCCCGGGGACUGCGCCCUCCGACUGGUGGCGGCUCACACGGCCUACAGGGCGCGAUGGAUAGAGGAGGGCAUCGAGUGGUCUGAGGAGGCUCUCAGUAUAGAGGAGGGGCGAGAGGGACCUCUACUGGCGAGGUGCUACCUCAUGUGUGGGGUUGGGUACCAGAUGAAGGCUCAGAAAACGAAUUCCAGAAUAGAUAAAGAGGCGGAAAACGACAAGAGUUUGAAGAUGUUAUUACGAGCCGUGACGCUGGACCAGAACGACCACCUGGCCUUCUACCACCUGGCGCUGCAGUACAUGCACCUGGGGCUGCUCAACGAAGCCAUGGACGCCACCCGGUCGUGCCUGUCAGUCCGCGCGGAGUGUGCGGGCGGUCUUCGUCUAGCGACGUCUCUGUGGUCGUCAGCGUGUGCGGGCGUGAGAGGCGCGCGGGCGUUGUCGGCGGCGCGGCUCGCUCACCUACACCACCCGGCCGCUCACUGGCCGCUACACAGCUUGGCAGCGCUGCAACUGCUGUGGGAGAGUGGGGAGGCAGCUCUCAGUACGGGCAAGGAGCUGUUAAAGCUAUUAACGAGCUCGGAAGAGCUGGACCCGGAGCACGCCGACGGGGCUGAGCUGGACGCGCUGUCUGACUCACAGAGGGACGAUGGACGGAGCACCAGGGACGCUGCAUCUAUCCGCGCGGAGUCAGCGGGCGCGUACCGCAUGGAGCGCGCGUUGUCGGAGGGCGCGUCCUCGGUCACCAACAAGCCCCGCAGCGCGCUCGCUGAACACAAGGCGCACGCCUGGCUACUACUGGCUGACUUGUACCUCAGGUUGGACCGUGUUAGCGCGGCGGCCGGCUGUGUGUCCGAAGCCGCUACACUAACUCCUUUUAGUCACCUCGUGCUCUACACCCGCGGGCUGGUCCACGCGGCGAGCUCCAACUGGGAGGAGGCGCGCCAGUGCUUCACCAACGCGCUGGCCAUACACCCCACACACCUCGACAGCAUCGUGCAGCUCGGUCUGUGGGGCGCCGCUUACUAUAUUCAUAACAUAUACAUACACUAUCCUACCUCCACUAAUCGCCCCCCAAAUUUGGCGCCCUGGGCCGUCGCUCCAUCGCGCCCCCGUGUACGUACUACAUACCAUAUCCCUUCACACGAUGUCACUCUUCAGAAAUCCCCUCGCUUCCUGUUAUAUGUUUUACGUGUACUAACGCGGAGUCUCCUUUACCCAGGCGCCACCUACUACUCCCUCGGCUGGCUCCGUCUCGCCGAGCGCACGUUCCGCGAGGCGGGUUCUCUAGAGCCUUCCCGCGCGGACACGUGGCGCCGCCUGUCGCUGGUGUUGUCCGCGCUGGGCGAGCCGGCCGCCGCCGCUGACGCCGCCGCCGCCGCGCUGGCGCUGCACCCGCUGCAUUCUGCGCAUGCGCUACACGCGCUCACUGCGGACAGACUGCCGCUAUGA